GAGGAGGAGGAGGUGGAGGCGGCCUGUUUGCAGGAGGGAUGCCCAAACUGAGGUCUGCAGGAAGCGGUAGUAGAAAUGACCCAGCACCCAGCAGAGGACCCAUGCUCCCACCUGGAGGCCGCUCUGGUGGUCCCAGCCCCUUCGGUGGUAGGGGGAGUGGGGGCUCCAUCGUCCCGCCCAAACUCCCAGCAGCCCCUUCUAGCGCCCGUAACAGUGUCCCUGAUCUUCCAAAGGGCCGACCGAGUUUCUCCUCCAGACAGGACACUCCGGGCGGCCCCCCCCCUCCCGUACCCAACACACCUCGACCAAGCCAGAACAUCCACUCUCGCGGGGGCCCCCCUCCCCCCUCCGUCCCUGCAGGACCCCGACCCACCUCCGGACCCCCGCUUCCGAGCCUCCCACCAGGGAGGCACGGCUCACUCCCCCCCCCAUCAGGCGGACCCUCGUCUGGGUCGAGACAAGGGUUCUCCGCCCCUCUUCCUCCGCCCCCGAACAACAGCAGCAGCAGACCCUCGUUACCUCCGACCCCUGGAGGGAGGCCUCCUCUCCCUGACGACAGACCCCCUCCCCCCCCAGCUCCCGCGGGGGGUCACAGGCCGUCGAUGCCCCGUGAUUUCCCGCCUCCUCCCCCCUCCCUCAACUCCAAACCUCCCUCCUCCGUCUCCUCCUCCUCUCGGCCAUCAGUCGGUGGGGGUGCCCCUCCUCUUCCUCCGGGACGACCGGGACCCCCCCCUCUCCCCCCCUCGUCGGCUGGAGGGGACGACCACAACAUGCCUCGCCUGCCCCAAAGAAACAUGUCACUCAACAGGUAA